CCUACGCUUGCUUGACAAAGUCGGGUACAGGUUCUACUAGCCAGACAAAAAAAAUUCAGGUGGAGGAAAAAGAAAUUGAUGGAAUUACUUAUAGAUUGAUUGAUACGGUUGGUAUUGGUGACACAGGAUUAACUGAAGGAAGUAAAAGGAGCCCAAAAACAAGCGGAUUUACAGCAAGAGCAAGCCAACCACCAAAUCACUCAGCAACAGUUGCUUCGUAUAUAGAUAGUGGUAGUUUUGAUAGCAGUUAUUCACCAUAUAGCUUCACUGCACAGUUGUUCGCAACUAUUACUAUACUAGAACUAUAG